AUGAGUGGUGCAAUAACUGAUAAUUCUAGCAAUAUCAUUAGUCCAAAUAAUAAUGAUGACAAACAUAUCAAAGACAAUAGUGAUGUAGACUUGUAUAUGCACUUGUGUAAUGUCAAAGACAAUAUUGUACCGAUAUUUAUUAGUGAUGACGUUGAAGCGGAGAGUCAUAAAUUUCAAUAUAUAAGUUACGAUCCCCAAACUCACCUAAAUGUUGAGUCAACCAGUGCAUCCUCAUCCACGUUUGACGAACCGAUAAUAAUCCUCAAGGCUUUUGAAGUGGAUGAAAUUGAUGAGUACGAAGAUAGAGGAUGUUACGAUGAACAUGUUCUACAGUUUUUAUCGCUAAAGCCUGAAAAUAUUACAAAUUCCAUAACCAUUUUAGGUCAGCCAAUAGCUGGCCAAUCACUCAAAUGCAUCGAUCAUUCAGCUCUAAUGGACAAGUUCCCAAUUUAUUCCUAUGAAUGGGUUCUAUCAAGUGAAUAUGGGAUUCGUGAUAAGUACAACCCACAAAUUAUAUCUAAAACUGACACUUUAUUGGUUGACAAUACUAUGAUCGGCAAAUUUAUCGCAUGUAGAGCAAAUAGGAUUAUUGAAAAACAGAUUUCACAGGGGGAUGAUUAUAAGAUAAAAACCAAUGUAUAUGAUCCUCACGUCAAUAUAGAUUUGGUACAAAUGAGUAAUUUUUCCAAGAAAGAGCGUGCAAUUAGUACUGCUGCGACGGGUCCCGUAUUAAUUUGUGAUGAUUGGGCUCUGGUUAUACUGGAGAAGUUGGUCGAGUCUCAAUUACAAUUCGAUGUGCAAUUUCAUAUAAGGGAAGAUAUUUUAGCCAUUUGUGGCGAAUUUCGCUACAAACACUUAUACACAUCACAAAUAGAAUGGAUGGAUGCACGUUUACAUGUGAAUUACAAUAAAUUGGUCAUAUCAUUUCCAAAUCUAACACCAUCCGAUAAAAUGAGGGAGAUAUUUGAAGUAUUUGGAAUAAGCGAUUCUAUAGAAAUGAAUAUCACUAACAUCAUGUUGAAUAGAGACAGUCAAUCAAGUUUGUUAAUAGAAAAUAAGAGUUCUACGUUAGACCAAACUUAUAUUAUCGAGAUAAACAAUGUACAGCCCAAAGAAUACAGUAAACUAUUGUAUUAUAUUUGUGGUUGUUAUCAGAUGUCAUCCGUCUAUAAGGUAACACAUGCUGACUGGAAGAACUAUCUAUCGCAAGGAAAUUUGAAUGUUGUAAAGUAUCUUCUUAAUAAAUUUUUGUCAUCAUAUACCAAUGUCUAUUAG